AUGUGCCACACCUUGCAGAACCUGUCUGAACCUACUGAAGUGUCUGAACCUAGUGAAGUGUCUGAACCUAUUGAAGUGUCUGAACCUAUUGAAGUGUCUGAACCUAUUGAAGUGUCUGAACCCAUCGAAGUGUCUGAACCUACUGAAGUGUCUGAACCCAUUGAAGUGUCUGAACCUAUCAAAGUGUCUGAACCCAUCGAAGUGUCUGAACCUAGUGAAGUGUCUGAGCCUAUCAAAGUGUCUGAACCUAUCGAAGUGUCUGAACCUAAUGAAGUGUCUGAACCUAGUGAAGUGUCUGAACCUAUUGAAGUGUCUGAACCUAUUGAAGUGUCUGAACCUAUUGAAGUGUCUGAACCUAUUGAAGUGUCUGAACCUUUAAAAGUGUCUGAACCUAAUGAAGUGUCUGAACCUAUCGAAGUGUCUGAACCUAUCGAAGUGUCUGAACCCAUCGAAGUGUCUGAACCUACUGAAGUGUCUGAACCUAUUGAAGUGUCUGAACCUAUCAAAGUGUCUGAACCUACUGAAGUGUCUGAACCUAUUGAAGUGUCUGAACCUAUCAAAGUGUCUGAACCCAUCGAAGUGUCUGAACCUAUCAAAGUGUCUGAACCCAUCGAAGUGUCUGAACCUAUCAAAGUGUCUGAACCCAUCGAAGUGUCUGAACCUAUCAAAGUGUCUGAACCUAUUGAAGUGUCUGAACCUAUCAAAGUGUCUGAACCCAUCGAAGUGUCUGAACCUAUCAAAGUGUCUGAACCCAUCGAAGUGUCUGAACCUAUCAAAGUGUCUGAACCUAUUGAAGUGUCUGAACCUAUCAAAGUGUCUGAACCUAUUGAAGUGUCUGAACCUAUCAAAGUGUCUGAACCCAUCGAAGUGUCUGAACCUAUCAAAGUGUCUGAACCUAUUGAAGUGUCUGAACCUAUCAAAGUGUCUGAACCCAUCGAAGUGUCUGAACCUAUCAAAGUGUCUGAACCCAUCGAAGUGUCUGAACCUAUCAAAGUGUCUGAACCUAUUGAAGUGUCUGAACCUAUCAAAGUGUCUGAACCCAUCGAAGUGUCUGAACCUAUCAAAGUGUCUGAACCCAUCGAAGUGUCUGAACCUAUCAAAGUGUCUGAACCUAUUGAAGUGUCUGAACCUAUCAAAGUGUCUGAACCUAUCAAAGUGUCUGAACCCAUCGAAGUGUCUGAACCUAUCAAAGUGUCUGAACCUAUUGAAGUGUCUGAGCCUAUCAAAGUGUCUGAACCUAUUGAAGUGUCUGAACCUAUCGAAGUGUCUGAACCCAUCGAAGUGUCUGAACCCAUCGAAGUGUCUGAACCUAUUGAAGUGUCUGAACCUAUCAAAGUGUCUGAACCCAUCGAAGUGUCUGAACCUAUUGAAGUGUCUGAACCUAUUGAAGUGUCUGAACCUAUCGAAGUGUCUGAACCCAUCGAAGUGUCUGAACCUAUUGAAGUGUCUGAACCUAUUGAAGUGUCUGAACCUAUUGAAGUGUCUGAACCUAUCAAAGUGUCUGAACCCAUCGAAGUGUCUGAACCUAUUGAAGUGUCUGAACCUAUCGAAGUGUCUGAACCCAUCGAAGUGUCUGAACCUAUUGAAGUGUCUGAACCUAUCAAAGUGUCUGAACCCAUCGAAGUGUCUGAACCUAUUGAAGUGUCUGAACCUAUUGAAGUGUCUGAACCUAUCGAAGUGUCUGAACCCAUCGAAGUGUCUGAACCUAUUGAAGUGUCUGAACCUAUCAAAGUGUCUGAACCCAUCGAAGUGUCUGAACCUACUGAAGUGUCUGAACCUAUUGAAGUGUCUGAACCUAUUGAAGUGUCUGAACCUAUUGAAGUGUCUGAACCUAUUGAAGUGUCUGCACCUAUUGAAGUGUCUGAACCCAUCGAAGUGUCUGAACCUAUUGAAGUGUCUGAACCUAUUGAAGUGUCUGCACCUAUCAAAGUGUCUGAACCCAUCGAAGUGUCUGAACCUACUGAAGUGUCUGAACCUAUUGAAGUGUCUGAACCUAUCAAAGUGUCUGAACCUCCUCCACCGAACACUGCCUGCAUUCUUUUAGGGCAAAACACAAUAAGCUGGAGCUAUUGUACCAGACUAAAGGUGUUUGGAACAGCGAGAGCGGUCAUGUGGCGGGUGCAAUUACAAGAGAAGAUGGCGCCACUAUAA